AUUUAUCUCUACAAAAAAUCAUAGCACUCGCUCACGUCACAUGUAUGUAGCACCCAUGGAAGGCGUCAGCAUUAAUUUCUUCGAGGACCAGUACACAUCCAAAAGUCUCAAGAAAUGAAGAACAGAGCACUCAGUAUUGUUCCUAUACAUGCUAUAUUUCUCACUGCAAUCUCAACAUUAUUUGCAUGUUAUGCUUUGUCAUCAAAGUUUACACAUGAAGAAAUUUUGCGGUAUAGAGAGAGGGCGCGGGCGAUGUUCUACCAUGGCUAUGAGAAUUACCUGAAUAAUGCCUUCCCAUAUGAUGAACUGCGACCUUUGACCUGUGAUGGUAUGGACUCAUGGGGAAGUUACUCCCUGACCCUCAUCGAUGCCCUGGACACCCUGGCCAUCAUGGGGAACCACAGCGAGUUCCGCCGAGUGGCCACACUGCUACAGAAUCACCUGGACUUCACUGAGGACAUCAACGUGUCCGUGUUUGAAACCAACAUCAGAGUUGUAGGAGGGUUGUUGUCAGCGCACCUGUUGUCUCAUAGGGCUGGGGUGGAGUUGGAGCCCGGAUGGCCCUGUAAGGGCCCACUGCUCACAUUGGCUGAUCGAGUGGCUAGGAGAAUCUUACCAGCCUUUGACACCCCAACCGGUAUGCCCUACGGCACAGUCAACCUGGCCUAUGGUGUCCCCCCGAGAGAGACCCCGGUCACCUGCACGGCGUGCGUGGGGACGUACAUCGUGGAGUUUGGCACCUUGAGCAGACUGACUGGAGAUCCCAUCUUUGAGGAAGCGGCUCUCAAAGCUCUGAAUGCACUGUGGCAGUGCCGAUCAGACAUAGGAUUGUUAGGCAACCACAUCGACGUCCUGACAAAGAAGUGGACCGCGAUGGAUUCUGGGAUAGGCGCAGGCGUAGACUCGCUACUUGAGUACCUUGUCAAGGGAGGCUUGUUGCUAGGGAACACAGACUUGCUGGACAAGUUCUGGGAAUACGAGAAGUUAAUUAAACAGCUCAUGAAAAGGGAUGACUGGUACAUGUGGGUCAACAUGAAGAAAGGUCAGAUCACCAUGCCUGUAUUCCAGUCACUGGAGGCAUUUUGGCCUGGAGUACAGAGUCUACUGGGCCAAACUGACGAAGCCAUAAAGACACUGCACAACUACCACCAGGUCUGGCGUCAGUUAGGCUUCACGCCGGAGUUCUAUAACAUUGUGACAAGCAAGGUCAUCGACAAAAGAGAAGGUUACCCGUUGAGACCAGAGUUAAUAGAAAGUGUGAUGGUCCUGUACCAAGCCACGAAGGAUCCCUACCUCCUGGAAGUAGGACGGGAUAUCCUAACAUCGAUAGAAACCAGUGCCUGGACACCUUGCGGAUAUGCCAGUGUGAAAGAUGUACGGAACCACAAACUUGACAAUCGCAUGGAGUCCUUCUUCCUCUCCGAAACGACAAAGUACCUGUAUCUCCUUUUCGACCCGGACAAUUUCAUACACAACACCGGUGGCCGCGGGGACAUCAUCCAGACGCCCCACGGGGAGUGCGUCCUGAACUCCGGGGGCUACAUCUUCAACACAGAGGCUCACCCGAUCAGCACGGCGGCGCUGGACUGCUGCCAGCGAGGCAAGGAGCUGGCCGUCUUUGAGAACAUGAUGAAGAAGUUGGGAGGCAAACAGGAGAGGCUGGACUUUGUCCUGGAUUACAUCAACCAGGCCGGCCAGGACCAACGGGAGCUGGGUGGACUACCCCAGGGCUACAACUGCUCUGUCAAGCCGUUCAGUGCCAGGUGGUCCAUGAUGGGGGAGAUGAUGGAACCUUGACGGAGUGGCUAACAUUGCAAACAACAUGGGCCAAAGGGCUUGCUUCCAUGAUCAUUGACUCCACAAUUUGAACACAGCCUCAGUGCACCACUCAGGUAUUAAAUCAUCACCAUUUUCAUGAACUAAAAAAACGUGCGUGCGAACACUUUAUGAAAAGUGCGCAAAAAUUUGGGCUUCGGAGAUUGCCAGAGGCUUGUGCAUGGACGCUGUGAACACUGAUGCGCUGUGGAAUACAUGUACUUGCGGUUUUCACAAACUGACAAGCAAGCAUGUGGAAGAUAUAACUUUCAGAGAAAGUUACAGUCCAUGGAAACCCAAAUUAAGCACUUGUGUACCGUCAAGGGUCAGUUCUUAAUGUCAACAACAAAAUAUAAGAAUAUCUAGUGCAUCAGUAUUGUCAAGACCCCUGAGGGAGUCAAUUCAUAAGAGAGUGAGACCGAUCAAAUUACCAGCAAGGUGGAAUCAUCAUCCUGCAUCUCAAUUUAUGCAAAGUCUAUUUGAUUACUUCCCACCUGCUCACCCCGCACCUGCUUCCAAUGUGGGGCAUGUACACAAUCUAUAAAUAAACUAGCAGUGUCUAAGUACUCAAGGUUUAGCCCUGACAACUGGACUAGGUGAAGAGAUAGCAGAAAUUAAAAAUGCUGAACGAACUCGACCUGUCAAAAGCACUUCACAUCCAAACACCCAUUUCCAGCCUUUCACAUUAUGGUUCGAAUGAGAAAAAAGACUUCGGAGAUUGGAUGAAAUAUAAUCCUAAAUCUUUACUUUCUCUCUGAAAAUUGAUAAUUAUGCUUUUAUAAUUAAAUAAUUCAUUAUUGCAAUUUGCAAGUACUGAAAGAUUGAAACUACGUGUAUUUAAGUAACAGUUGAGUGAAACAAACACUAUUCAAUCUGACCACUGUAAGGUGGAAUUUUUCAGAGAAUCAUGGAUUUAUGCUCGAUCGAUUGUGCAUACUCAUUAUUUUAAUUGUUUGGAAUUAAAUGUAGUUAGCUCAGCCUUGGACAAUUUGAAGUUUCCUCUCAAUUUCUAAGACAUGCAACAAUUCCACCUUCUUUGUGUACAUACAGGCAACUAUUUAUUUUCAAGAUGUUAUUUUUAAAAGAAAUUGAAAAAUAAAGGCUAUUCUUUCCUUGAAAAUUA